GUUAUUACAGAAAAAAUGGCGAAUUUGUGGUAUAUCUGUCUCUUGUUUUUCCUCGCUAGAAACUCCUUAGUUCUCUCAAUUAGCAGUCACACUAACAACUGGGCCGUCCUUGUAGGGUCGUCUCGAUAUUGGUUUAAUUACAGACAUGAGUCAAACGUUCUCUCCAUUUAUCAUAGCGUUAAAAGACUUGGCAUACCAGACAGUAAUAUAAUACUUAUGCUGGCUGAUGAUAUGGCCUGUGAUCCAAGAAAUCCAAGACCUGCCACCAUAUUCAAUGACGUCAAUCAGCAGAUUAAUGUCUAUGGCGACGAUAUUGAAGUGGAUUACAGGGGAUAUGAAGUGACGGUAGAAAAUUUUGUACGGGUACUGACUGGCAGGUUAGAUAAAGCAGUUUCGCAAUCGAAACGUUUACUGACUAAUGAAAGAAGCAAUGUGCUAGUGUAUAUGACAGGUCACGGAGGAGAUGGUUUUUUAAAGUUUCAAGACCACGAGGAGAUCUCAAAUGCCGAGCUGGCAGACAUAUUCCAGCAAAUGUGGCAAAAGAGAAGGUACAAUGAGUUGUUGUUUAUCAUUGACACUUGCCAUGCAGAGUCAAUGUCAAGUCUAUUCUAUUCUCCUAACAUCAUUGGAGUAGGCAGCAGCCUUGUAACUGAAGAAUCCUUCUCACAUCAUUUGGAUGACACUAUUGGUGUCCAUAUCAUUGACAGGUGGACUUAUUUUGCUCUUGCUUUUCUAGAAAAGCUUAAGCCAGGGAGCAAGGCAACCCUUAACAGUAUGUUUGAUUAUUUGGCUCGUCAAAAAGUUGAGUCUACUCCUUACAUUAGAACUGAUCUAUUUCGUAGGAACUUUAGCGAAGUUCUAGUAACAGAUUUCUUUGGUAGUGUGAGGAAAAUUGAACUUAUGAGCACUUCAGAUUCAUUGCCAUUACCUCCACCACAUCAAAGGAAUGAUAUAGAGGAUGUAGUAAUAGAUGAUGGAGAGAAAUCAAUGAGAACCAAUCAGUUCUCUCCUCCUUUGUCUCCUGAAGAUAUGAUCAAACCAACUUGACAUUUUUUAUAAAAUUAUUUUGUCACUGAUUUUUAUCACUAUACAAUUUGAUGAAACCAUUCAACAGCUAUAA